UUGGCUGUUUGAAGGUCUGGGAAGAGAAAAAGCAGAAGAGCUAUUGCAGCUUCCCAACACCAGAACUGGAUCUUUCAUGAUUAGGAAGAGCGAAACAACAAAAGGUUUAUAUUCCUUGUCAGUUCGGCACGUACAGGUGAAACAUUACCGAAUCUUCCGCCUGCCGAACAACUGGUAUUAUAUCUCUCCUCGGCAAACUUUCCAGUGCCUGGAGGACCUCGUCAAUCACUACUCAG